CUCACUCUACACUACUCUUCUUCUUAUUAACUCUUCAAAGUUUCAAUCUUUUUCUCUCUCUCUCUCCAAAUAUUAGUGAGAGAAGAUAUGAGUUAGAGAGAGAAAGAUAGAAGAUGGGGAUUAAAAACCCUUCUACCCAAACAAAAUAAAAAAAGGGUUUUUAUUUUAUUUUAUUUAUUAAAAAUAAAAUAUAUAUCAUAUCCCAAUAUACCACAGACACCCAAAAAAUUUAUAAAAAAAAAAAAAAAAUUAAACCCUUCCCCACCAAAUGGACUUAGCAGAUUUGCAAAGCAAUAACAAGAACAACAACAAGGUUCAGCAGCAGCAGCAGCAUCAGCAAAAGCAGUCAUCUUCUUCUUCUUCUCCUUCUUCUCAUCAGUUUGUGGUCCCUUUUGAUGGCAGAUCUUCUACUAAUUCACCUUUCAUGGGCUCCAUUUCAAUCCAAGCUGGUCUCACCCAUGGCCAUGGAGCUACUAAUACUACUUCUUCUACUUCUACCACUGCACUACCUUCUUCUUCUUCUUCUUCUUCCUCUGGUCCCACUUCUUCGUCUUCUUCUUCUUCUUCUUCAACUUCAACCUCAACCACCACCACUGCUCCUCCUCCGCCGCCUCACCUCGUCGACGCAUCCCUUGCUAUCGCAACCAGAUCCGAUUCCCUUCCCUUCAACAACCCAGCUCCUCUUUCCGUUGAUUACUCCGCCAAGAAAAACCAGCAGCAGCAACAACAGCCUCAGCAGCAGCAGUCGAUCGUUCCAGCCGCCACCGCGACUGCGGUGGCGGCGCCGGUGAAGCGAUCGACCAAGGACCGACACACUAAAGUCGACGGAAGAGGUAGGAGGAUACGAAUGCCGGCCACGUGUGCUGCAAGGGUUUUUCAGUUGACUAGAGAGUUGGGUCACAAGUCCGACGGUGAAACCAUCGAGUGGCUUCUUCAACAAGCCGAGCCUGCUAUCAUAGCAGCCACCGGGACUGGGACUAUUCCGGCUAAUUUCUCGACUUUGAAUAUCUCUCUUCGGAGCAGCGGUUCUACUCUCUCCGCUCCUCCUUCGAAGUCUGCUCCUCAUUCGUUUCACAGCGCUUUGGCUCUCGCUCAUCAUCAUCAGUCUCACUACGACGAAGGUUUUGCUCACGCUGGGUUGAUGGGGUUCCACCAUCAACAGCAUCAUCAUCAGCAGCCACCGCUCAUGACUGCUGAUCAAAUUGCCGAAGCUCUUCCGAGCGGAGGCGAUAACGGAGGAGACUCGAGCGAGAAUUACAUGAGAAAGCGGUUCAGAGAAGAUUUGUUUAAAGAGAAUAGUGACACACAAGGCGAUCAAAGCGGUGGUGGAGGAUCACCUUCUUCGAAUAACAACAAGAGUUUCAAGAGCAGCAGCGGUGGCGGCGGAGGUGGCGGUGGAGGACUUCAAUUACCGAAGCAGCAGCCUCAAGACGGGUCGGGAUCUUCAGGCUUACUCAGACCAUCAAACAUUCUACCAGCCACAGCCAUGUGGGCAGUAGCGCCGGCGCAAGCCAGCGGAGCUGGAAGCACUUUCUGGAUGCUUCCAGUAUCGGCUGGAGCCGGAGUUUCUCCGGUUGCAGCCACGGCUACGGCGGGGCAGUCGGAGCAUCAUCAGAUGUGGACAUUUCCAACUCAGCCAGUGGUCAGCCAUGGCGCCGGGAACACAUUACAAGCUCCGCUACAUUUCAUGCCGAGGUUCAAUCUUCCACCCGGGAACAUGGAGUACCAAGGCGGCGGUAGAGGCGGCGGAGGAGGAGUGAGCAGCCCUCUUCAGCUGGGGUCCAUGCUAAUGCAACCACAGCAGCAGCAACAACAACCGUCGCAGCAUCUUGGGCUUGGUGUUUCUGAGUCGAAUUUGGGAAUGUUGGCAGCUCUAAAUGCUUACUCUAGAGGUGGUUUGAACAUGAAUUCAGAUCACCAAAACCAUCCAUUAGAUCAUCAACACCAUCAUCAUCAACAACAACAACAUCAGCAUCAGCAUCAUCAUCAGCAGCAGCAGCAGCCUCAAACUACUGAUAGUGGAGAUGAAGACCCAAAUAAUUCAUCACAAUGAUAAAACUUGGGGAGUAAGAAACAGUACUGGUUGGAGAUUGCUGGGUUUGUUUUUGAAGAUUUGGAAGUGUUGAAUUUGUGAUAUUUUGAGUGUUUUUUUUUUAAAAAAAAAAAAGAAAGAUUAGUUUUUCAUGGAUGUCCUAUCUGGGAUGAUAGGUUACUAGUUGCCAUUGUAGCUUUGUUUGUUCAUUUUGGUCAUUUUUUUUCUUCUUCUAAUUUUUAGAGAUUAUUGCUUUGGGAAGAGAUUGAUUAUGUAAUUUUAUUAGUUUUGGUCCGAAGGGACUGAAGAGAAAAACAAGGCAGAGAGUGAGAUUGUAUAGGAGGAUAUGAUAUCUAUUUGUGUUCAUUAUUAUCAUUA